AUGAACUAUCUUCGCCGGCGCCUAUCAGACAGCAGCUUUGUGGCCAACCUCCCCAAUGGCUACAUGAUGGAUCUGCAGAGACCGACUCCUCCUGGUUCAUCCACUUCCACGCCGGCCUCCCCGGCCACAGAGAGGCGCCAGCCCCCGAGCUCAAGCUCAGGCCCAGGCUCAGCCCCAGGCUCAGCCCCAGGCUCAAAAUCAGGCUCAGCUCCAGGCCUGGGUGCAGGGGGCUUCCUCAGCUCCUUCUCCAGCGUGGUGAAGAGUGCUCAGAUGGCCCAAAACGUUGCAGCUGCCGCAAAGGCCAAAUCAGCGGCAUCAUCAGCCGAAGGUGCCGCUGCAGGAAACAGUCAGCCAGCCAAGCCUGUCAUACGCAAGCCCAAGAUCCUGCUGGUGAUUGAUGAUCAACACACAGACUGGGCGAAGUAUUUCAGAGGGAAGAAGCUGAAUGGAGAAUAUGAGAUCCGGGUGGAGCAGGCGGAGUUCUCAGAGAUCAACCUGGCCUCCUACGUCAACUUGGGAUGUAUGGUGGACAUGCAGGUCAACAAAGGUGGCAGUAGAGUGGUGAGAUCCUUCAAGCCAGACUUCGUCCUGAUUCGCCAGCACGCCUACAGCAUGGUCCCCGGCGAGGACUUCAGGAACCUUGUGAUCGGCCUGCAUUUCGGCGGCGUCGCGAGCAUCAACUCCCUCUUCUCCAUCUACAACUUCUGCAGCAAACCUUGGGUGUUUUCUCAGAUGAUUAGGCUCUACCACUCCCUGGGUCCGGAGAAAUUCCCCCUGAAUGAACAAACCUUCUAUCCCAACCACACGCAGAUGGCUACAACUCCUUCCUACCCUGUGGUGGUCAAGAUGGGGCACGCCUACGCUGGCAUGGGAAAGAUCAAAGUUGAAAACCAGCAGGACUUCCAGGACAUCACCAGUGUGGUGGCUCUGGCCGGGACCUACGUCACCACCGAGCCCUACGUUCUGUCCAAAUACGACAUCCGCAUCCAGAAGAUCGGUAACAACUAUAAGGCGUACAUGAGAACGUCCAUUUCUGGCAACUGGAAGGCGAACACAGGGUCGGCCAUGUUGGAACAGAUCGCUAUGACUGACCGAUAUCGCCUGUGGGUGGACUCCUGUGCUGAGAUGUUUGGUGGCCUAGAUAUCUGUGCAGUGAAGGCUGUCCACGGAAAAGACGGAAACGACUAUAUCAUCGAGGUGAUGGACAGCUCCAUGCCUCUGAUUGGGGAACACGUGGAAGAAGACAAGCAGCUGAUCACAGAGCUGAUCAUCAACAAGAUGGCCCAAGUGCUGCUGGGAGUGUCCACACCUCAGCCUUCCACUACCACCCAGCCCAAACGAGGUAAGAAAACAUCUCCCUGACAGCGCUCUGCUUCCGCCUCUCCGUCCUCCUCAGCCCAGGGGUCACCUCAGCGAGCCCGGUCUGCCUCCACCUCGCCCAGCCAGGCCUUCCAGCCUGGUCCCAUCCCCGCCUCCUCCGGGCCUGGAGCUCAGAAGCAGUCGCCACAGCUAAACAAAUCCCAGUCCCUGACCAACUCCUUCACAGAGACGUUACGAGGAAGCCUGACUGACGACGAGGCCAAAGCCGAGACCAUCCGCAGCCUCCGACAGUCCUUCGCCAGCCUCUUCUCCGACUAA